CAUAACCCAACUCCCAAAAUCGGGAAUCAGUAGCUGCCACUGAAUUUAAAUGGAGGACGGACUUUCCAAUAUUACCCUCACUGACCGCAUCAAGCUAAACGUCGGCGGGAAGCUCUUCGAGACCACCAUCUCCACCCUCCGUUCCGGCGGCCCAGAUUCGCUCCUAGCUGCCCUCUCCAACCGCCAGGUACAGUCUUCAAAUCCAGUGUUUAUUGACCGAGAUCCUGAGAUAUUCUCUGUCCUUCUAUCCCUCCUCCGCACCAAUCGCCUUCCGUCAACCUCCCGCCGGUUCACUGACCAAGAGCUCUCCGAUGAAGCGUCAUAUUACGGUAUCGAAUCACAGCUCAAGUCCGCUAUGCUUCCUAAUCCACUUUCUGGUAUCGAUGCCUCUGUCGUCGCCACAAUACGACCUGCUUCCGAUGGCGUGGUUUCCGCCUUUACAACCAUCGAUGAUGGUUCGGUGUGGAUAGCGCACGGCGGUCAGAUCUCUGUCUAUGAUUGGAACUUAACGCACGCCGGUACUGUACGGACUCAUCUUGACUCGAUUACUUCAAUUAGGCAAGUUACACCUUCCGCAAUGGCGGCCAUAGCUUGCGAUGUUGCUUCUGGUAUUCAUUUCUACAACUUCGCCAACGGUCGUCGAGUCGGCUCCGUGGAGUGGACCGAUCCUACUGAUCCGAGAAUCUACAAAGCUAGAGUAACCGCCAUCGCUGACUCGCCUGACUCGGUUUUCGCUGCCUUCGAUUCACACCACAAGGAAAACUCCGUACUCGCGAUCGACAAAUCAACUCUCCAGGUGACAUCAGAAAUCGGUCGUCAAUCCGGAAAUUCAUCGAAAUCAAUCGUUCCUGGAAACCUAACAUACGUGAAUGAUCUCGGAAUUCUCGCUGCCAACGCCGUAACAUCCGGAGCUUUCGGUUUCUCCGGUUACAUCCGUCUGUGGGAUCCCCGAUCCGCACGCGUGAUUUGGGAGACGAACGAGCCAGGUUCAGGACGAAGCAGCAGGUUUGGGGAUUCCUUCGCUGACGUAAGCAUCGAUGUUAGCGAGGGUACUAUGUGUAAAAUCUGCUCCAAAUCAGGCGACUUGGCCAUGGCAGAUUUGCGGAAAUUGAGCGAUGAUCCAUGGGUAUACUUGAGAGAUACCAAUCCAAGUUUGAGAAACACCAGUGGAGGGAUAAACAACAGUAUAGUCCAUUGUUACAGGAAGCAAGUCUUUGUUGGGAGAGAUGGUGGACUAGAAGUAUGGUCUAGAGUAGCACAAAACGGUGAAAACAACAUGGAGAUUGCUGAAGAAUCAUUCAGAAGAAAUUACAUGGAUAAAUUGGAAGAUUCAGAGAGAGGGAUAAUCAAGAAAAUUGAAGGAGGUGGUGAAAGGCUUUUUGUUAGCAGGGAAGAAGCCGAAGGGCUUGAGGUAUGGCAAAGCUCUGUUUUCUCUGGUGCAGUUUUGGUUUCAUGACACACGAAAAGGAAAACAAUAACCUGAAACAUGAAGAACACCUUGCAAUGGUAAUGGUUGGGAAUCAUCUUUCUUAUUGCCACCCAUAUUUGGACUCAGAGCAAGCAUGGUGCGAAGAUUCAGUUUUGAGGUACGAGCAAUUAUUUUUUGAAAGGCAAGGCUCUACACAAUCCAUUUCUUAUAAGUUUAUAUUAUUGGGGGUAAAAUUGAAUUGGUUAGUGAAGAAUUGUCAUCAAGUUUCUAUGGUUGAAUGGUGUUAA